GUGAAGUGAUCUAGUUGUGAUGUGUAGUUAUUGAGAUACUAACUUGCUCACGAACAGCAUAUUGUUGAAAAAUAUUGCUAGAUACAGAAACGGAAAUCAAAGCAGACACUUUUAAUAACAUGUCACCCAUAAACAAUAUUUCUGAUUGUCACAAGAAUCAUUGUAGAUAUCUAGUAAUAACAUGUAGGCCUAUAAGUAUUCAAAAGAGUUAAAGUUAUCAUAAGUAUCAUAAAGCUGUCAAGUAAGGUUAUGAAAAUAAUAUUUUUUAAUAUAUCUGUCGUGCAAUUGAAAACACCAUGAAGUCUAACCGCCCUUAGCCGGUAUAAGGUGUGUUUGUAGUUAUACAGUGCAAUUUGUAUCUGUACAAAUGAGUUGCAAGAAAUCAUUUCUUGAUAUCUAGAAAUACGGACUACUUUUUGAUAUCAUGAAUUCGAUUUCUGGAUAUCAAGAAAUCAUUUUUUUUAUAUCAAGAAUUCGAUUUCUUGAUAUCAAAAAUUCGAUUUUUUUGAUAUCAAAUAAUGGCAAGUAUUUAUUGAUAACAAAAAUUGUCGCCUUUCUGUUAUUUUGGCGGUCCAUACAAAUACCUGCGCGGAUUCAGUCAAUUUUCUCAGGUGGGGAUUGAGUGGGGUCCGACUGAACUUGACCAUGUCUCUUUAUACACUAAAUGCUUCGAUGUGUUUUUUUUUUGUGGAGAUGUUAGCCGUUUACAAGUACAGGGCUGUCAAUAAGUUCCUGUUGAACAGGCUUAAAUAGGAAAGUCUAGGCGACCAGCUAGUGGGGUGGGGCAUCCCCCUCCCGUAAAAUUUUGGAAUUAAGCGCUCCAUUUUCAGCAUUCUGGGGCAUUUAAGGAACAUCAAAUACCCCUUAUUUUCACAUUUUUAUGAGCUAACCUGUUAAAUUUGGGAAAAGUAAUAAACUUAAGUUUUCUUAAUUCUUUGUUUCUUUGUGAUGAUUAACAUAAAUAUGAAUUACGUCACUUUGAAUACGGCCCUAAUCAGGCUAACGUUGCCUUUUUGAAAACCCGUUUUCUUUCCUUCUUCUCUUCUUCCCUUUUUUUAGGAUUUUCCAGGGGGUGGGAGGUGGGGGUUCGGAACUGGACCAACCCACUGGAUCCGCGCAUGAAAUUUCUUAGUAAUGAGUAAUGUUCCUAAUACAAAUUUCUUACUAAAAUGACUCAAUUAGUUCAUAACUGUGACGUCAUAUUAUUCUUACACACAAGCGAAGCCUCAGCAAUAUGUCUGUAGAAACGUACAAACUGCCUAACGACGAGCAGCAAAGUGAGGGCGCUGGCAGUCAUGAGAUGAUAGAAAGCAGUCAAGUUCCAGAAGUAAGUGACGCUGACUUACAUGGAAACGAAGUCAGAGAGGAAGCCAAAGUUUGCGAAACCGCUGAAAGGAAGCAAAGCCAGCUUGACAGAUUUUGGGACACAUUGCAUGAAUGGGCGGAUAUUACAACAUUACACGGUACCCGAUUCGUAUUCGAUCGCAACAGUUAUGUUGUCCGAAGAGCAACGUGGUUUGUCAUUAUGAUUUGUUUCGUAUUUGUUCUUAUUUGGAACGGCCAGGCGCAGGUGAAUCGCUACUUCGAAUACAGACCACUGACAGUUCAAACCAUGAAGGUUCAUGAAAAACUUCUGUUUCCAUCUGUAACUAUUUGCAAUAGUCGUUUUAUUCGGAAUGAUUCUGUUACUAACGAUACCGAACGAAUAACCAUAGAACAAGUUCUACAAGUAGUGCCAAACAAAACUUUAUUACUUACUGAAGUUGGAGAAACUAUUUUAAAAACUACACGAUUCAGCAGUCUGAUGAUGAAGCAUACAACCAAGUUAGACGACUUUAUUUUAACAUGCUCGUGGAAAGGUUUGCCAUUGAAUUGUAGUGAAUAUUUUAUUGGUCGUUUGGCGGAAAAUGGUUUGUGUUAUACAACAACGGAAGGUUCAUUUGAAACAUCUGUGGUUGGGGAUAGGUACGGUUUAGAGAUUGUGCUAUGGUCAGGUCAAGAUAUAGCCAUUGGAGCGGGAGAUGAAAACUAUGGAACAAAAGUCUUGGUACACGAGAGUACGGACGAGCCGAACAUGGAGUCUGCGUCAAUAAUAGGGCCUGGCGUAAUGCACUAUAUACCAGUCACGGCUCAUGUGUUUGAUUACUUGCCGUAUCCUGUAGCAGCAUUUGGAGGACAAUAUUGUAUCGACACAACAGCAGAUACAGAGUUGCACAGUCAUUACUCUAUAACAGGAUGCUACAGAGAGUGUAGACAGAAAUUUAUUCUCGAACACUGUGGUUGUGUAAGUCACGUUGACAAAGACUACAAAGGCGGCAAGGAAUGCAGUGCUUACGAAAUUAUGGACUGUUACCAGCCGACUUUGGUGUCUUUUAUGUCUCAAGUUGAGCAGUGUCACUGUGCAACACCAUGUCACAUAACGAAAUACCAGACGAGGCUUUCGUCAACCUUCCUGCCAGAUAGCGCAUACAAAACCGUACAGAAGAAAAUACAGAUUAAUGACCCAAUAGAAACAUUAAGAGAGAAUCUCAUUAUUCUGAAACUUUUCUACGAAAGCAAGGAGGUAACAUACAUUGAGCAAGUUCUCGAAUUCACUUUUGAGGACCUUUGGGCCUCGUUUGGUGGAUAUCUUGGAAUAGCUGUUGGAGCCAGUUUACUGACAUUUGUAGAGAUUUUAGAUCUUAUUGUCAUGAAUGUGUACCACCACUUGAAGAGAAUCAGAAACAUUGUCAGAGAAGAACCCACUUGAUACCUUUAGAAAUGGUUUCAUUUACCAAACGUGAACUCCACAAGACCGAACAUUGAAGUUAACGGAGUAACAGAAACGUUUACAGGAUGUUAAGAAUGCCUGGCUUGAUGUUGAAAUUGUGAAUAGAACAUAUUUGUGACUAAUGAUUUAUGACUGGACAAACUAGUACAAUGAUAUGCAAGUUAACGUGCGAACAAGACAAUCAUGUGCUAUUAUGAUGUUUGUGGCUUCAUUUUCUAAUUUUAUGAAAUAAAUGACCAUAUAUAAAGUAAA